AUGAGGGCUGAAGAAGGAGACGUACCGUCCAUAGAUAAGAAGGUAGAAGAGAAUCCUUGCCCGUUUGAGCUUCUCCCUCGUGAGAUCAAAGAAAAUAUUCUGGAGAGAGUGAUAGAUGAGACAGCGAAGUUCAAAGAGUUCAAGAAAUUUUGGAGAUUGAAAAGCGUGAACAAGGAGUUCUAUUCAAUCUUGAAUAGCAACUAUGCUAAACGUCAUUUCCACAAAUACCCUUGUUGGAUCAGGAUAAGGGACCACCAGUUUAUCAAUGAGAAGUCAGGUCGAGCAAUGGCUGUAAUGUCUAUCAAUUGCGCGAUCAAUCCCAAAGAUACUUCAUCUAAAAAUCAUAAGAAAAACACCGUGUGUACUUAUCACGAAAUCUUCUUCGAUGAAAUUUCAGAAUUCUUCAGAGCUAAACCGUUUCGCAUAGAUUCCAUUUUGGUUGAUCCUUUGUUGUCAACUGAUCAGCUGAUAUCUACUAUCACAGAGUUAGCUAAUCAAUCUUCCGAAAAAAUUACCGUGCUCUUCUUCCCCAGUUGUUGUCGCUUUCAUAACAGUUACCGUGAUGCUGAUUACAGUUUCGAUCCCUAUUUCCAUGUUGAUGAUCAAGAUUUCCCUGAGGAUCUCGAUUUCGAUACUUAUCAUCCAAACAUUCUUGAGUCUUAUCACAACUCCUUCAGGAAGAUAAUGACAGAACUGUCAGAUGUUGAAGAAGCUGGGAGAAUCAGAAUUCUAUUUGAUAGACAUUUUUUAUCCAAUUCGGAUGAGGAGUAA